AUGGCUGAAGGCACAAAAUCCGGAGGUGAGGCUAAGAAACAAGCGGCACGAGAUCUUGAAUUUGUUGAGAUGGAGUGUGAAGUUGAGUUACAAGGGGGAGAUCUGCAUGCAGAGGUGGUAGCUGAACCAAACCCUGUUGGUUUUGGCACCACCAUGGAAGGCGAACCCACUUUGUCGGUUGCUGAGAGAGAGAUGUGGCUGAAUAGUGACCAAGACGAGUUUCUAGGAGUCAAUGAUACUUCCAUGUUCUACGCUGAUUUCCCUCCUCUCCCUGAUUUCCCUUGCAUGUCGUCAUCGUCGUCUUCAUCUUCCGCACCACCACUUCCUGUGAAAACCAUGACAUGUUCCACCACAACCACCACCACAACAACCACCACUGCGACUUCCUCUUCUUCCUCUUCCUCUUCAUGGGCCGUGUUGAAGUCAGAUGUCGAGGAAGAUGUGGAGAAAAACCAUUGCAACGGCCACAUGCAUGACCAAUUUGAUGCAACAGCCUUGUCUUCCACUGCUUCCAUGGAGAUCUGCCAGCAGCAAAAUCCGGAUCCUGGCCUCGGUGCCUCUGUUGGAGAGUGCAUGGAGGAUGUUAUGGACACUUUUGGGUACAUGGAGCUUUUAGAGGCCAAUGAUUUCUUCGACCCUGCCUCAAUCUUUCAGACUGAGGAAAACGACAAUCCUUUAGGGGAAUUUGGCACAAUGGAAGAACAGGUCUCACCGCAAGAAGAGCAACAGGAUAUGGUGCAUCAGCAAGGUAACAACACAAAAGAGGACCAUCAGGUUCCCGUAUGUGAAGAGAUUCAAGGAGAUGAAGAAGGUGGUGACGGUCGUGGUGGUUUAGUAGAUGAUGAAAUGAGUAAUGUCUUCUUGGAGUGGCUCAAAUCUAACAAAGAUAGUGUUUCUGCUAACGACUUGAGGAAUGUGAAGCUCAAAAAGGCAACGAUUGAAAGCGCAGCAAAGCGUUUGGGGGGAGGAAAAGAAGCUAUGAAACAAUUGCUAAAGCUGAUUCUUGAGUGGGUUCAGACCAGCCAUCUUCAGAAUAAACGGCGCAAGGAGAAUAGCGGCAACAUUAAUAAUGCUCUUCAGUCACAGUUUCAGGAUCCUAGUGGCCAGAACAACCAGAACACAAAUACUAGUGGCUCAUUUGCACCUGAGUCGAACUCUUGUUUAAACAACCACACACCCUGGUUGAGUCCUCAAACUUUUGGGACGGAUCAGGCCCCUCUCAUGGUGCCAUCACAGCCAUAUUCACAACCCAUGGUUGGGUAUGUGGGUGACCCUUACACUAGUGGUUCUGCUUCAAAUAACAUUACACCCACUCAUAACCAUAACAACAACCCUUACCAACCUGGCACGGACCAGUAUCACAUGUUGGAUUCAGCUCACUCAUGGCCUCAUUCCCAGUUUAAUGUUGCUUCUCACUACAGCCAGUCUUAUGGGGAUAAUGGUAUUUUCCCACAUGGGGGUUUUGGCGGCUACAGUAAUAAUCAGUACCCUUAUCAGUUUUUUCAUGGUCCUGGUGAUAGGUUGAUGAGGUUAGGCCCCUCGGCGACCAAGGAAGCAAGGAAGAAGAGAAUGGCAAGGCAGAGAAGGUUUGUAUCUCAUCACAGGAAUCACAGCAACAAUCACCACCAGAAUCAAGGGUCUGACCCACAGGCAAGACUGGGAAGUGAUAAUUGCACCACUGGUUUGGUUGCACCGCAUCAUGCAAAUCCUGCAGCAGCCAAUUGGAUGUACUGGCAAGCUAUGACGGGUGGCGCGGCCGGUCCUUUGGCGCCAGUGAUUCCAUCCGAGCCAACGGCCGGACAACCGAUGGUGGACCGGCCCACCAUGCAGACACAGAUUUCUCACCAAAAUAGAGCUGCAUCAGAUAGAAGACAGGGCUGGAAGCCUGAGAAGAACUUGAGGUUCCUCCUGCAAAAGGUGUUGAAGCAAAGCGAUGUGGGAAGUUUGGGGAGAAUAGUUUUGCCAAAAAAAGAAGCAGAAACCCAUUUGCCAGAGCUGGAAGCAAGAGAUGGAAUUUCCAUAACAAUGGAAGACAUUGGAACUUCACGUGUUUGGAACAUGCGCUAUAGAUACUGGCCAAACAACAAAAGCAGAAUGUAUUUGCUCGAGAACACUGGUGACUUUGUGAGAGCCAAUGGACUCCAAGAAGGAGAUUUCAUAGUCAUAUACUCAGAUGUGAAGUGUGGCAAAUACAUGAUAAGAGGAGUGAAAGUGAGGCAACAAGGUGUGAAACCAGAGACCAAGAAAGCAGGAAAAUCGCAGAAAAACCAGCAUGGGACUCAUGCAUCAAAUACAGCUGGAACUGCUGCUAAUAAUGGCAGGUCAUCGUCACCCAAACCAAAAGCUGAAAAAAAAUGUUUAAGGUUGAAGGAGCCGUGUGAAUACCGUCUCUUGAAGGAAGAAGAUGAUUUGGUGUCAGGAAUGGAUUAA